AUGGAUGUGGCUUUUCUAGCGGCUGGUAUUGUGGGCGGCUCUUUGUUAGGCAAAGAAGAAGAGCCAGCAGCCGUAAUUUUAAAAAAAGACGAGCCAAAUUUUCAGUGUGGUAUUUGUUAUAUCAAGUAUAAAGAGGAUUUGCUCGGUGCUGAAACUGCCCGCGAAGGCAAAAUUUGUCGUUUUUGCCUAGAUAAAAAACAAAGAGAUAAUGCUACUUAUCAAUUGAUUAAAAAUUUAGCAGAAAGAGAAAAAAUUGAAGAAGGUCAAGUCAUUGAACUAUUUAUUUCCGCCAUUCAAGAAAUUUAUCGGCAAAAAGCAAUUGAUCCCAAGGAAUUGCGGGUGAUUUUUAAUACCAAGGAAAAGCAAUUUUUGGCUUAUCAAGUUUACCAGAUUGUGGAAAAAAUUAACGACCCCGGUCAGGAAAUUACUGCUGAAAGUGAAUUACUCCAAAACAAAAAAGCCCAAAUUCAAGAUAAUUGCUUACUUUUGCCAUUAAAUUUGAAAAAAAUAGCCAAUUAUGAAGAAAUUUUGCGACAGUUCCGUCUUUCUUUACAAAAAAGUCAGCAAAAGAAAUGA